AUGAAUCUAAAAGAUCAUAGUUCAUUUAAUAAAUUUCUAAGAGAUUCUCUUGAUCCGAUUACAGAGGUGGAUCCGUCGACUCUCUCUGAAUAUAUAAUUGCAUUGUUGACAUCAUCUGGCAACUCUAAAAAGUCGGCAGAUCAGUUGGAGCCGAUCUGUGUCAAUGCAUUGAAUGAGUUUCUCGAACAAAACACAAAGGAUUUCGUUCAGAAACUUAUCGGUCAACUCUAUACUAUAAAUUACUUUGAGAGUGAACACUCUCCGAAACGUGAAAGAGAUAGAUAUAGUAGAGAUCGCGAAAGAGACAGAGAUAGAGAUCGUGAAAGAGACAGAGACAGAGACAGAGAGAGAGACACUCGUGAAAGAGACAGAGACAGAGAUAGAGACACUCGUCAUAAUUAUCAUUCGAGAUCGUCAUUGUCGAGAUCUCGUUCAAGAUCGAGAUCACCUACUUCAUUGUCAAGAUCGCGAUCUCGUUCGAGAUCACCUGCCUCUAGACAAUCGAAAAGAGAUCGAUCACCACCUCUACAGAGAAGAGAAAGAGAUAGAGACGAUAGUGAUAAUGAUAGUAGUAGCAACAGUAAUAGUAAUAAUAACAAUAAAUUUAGAAAAGAUACAAGAUCACCUCUUAAGCGUAAGAAUAACACUGAAGAAUACAAUAGUAGUAAUGGUGGUGGCGGUCACUACGAUGGUAACAUGCCAAAUAAAAAGUAUAUUCCAAUGGUUGGCGGUCAGCCAAUGGCAAGACAUCCGCGUUUCAACAAGCCAUGCAAACACUACGAGUCAACGGGAUACUGUAAGCGACCAAACUGUCAGUAUAUACACGGUGGUGUUGCAGGUCCGAUCGGUGGAACUUUCAAUGGCAACGGUAGCGGCAAUCCAAUGAUGAUCAAUGGAUAUCCUGCCAAUAUGCUUAUGAAUGAUUUUAACAAUGGUGGCGGUGCUGCUGGCGAGAACAUCAGUGGCAACGGUAAUAGCGCAGGUGGAAACAUAGAUGAAGCAUCGAUCAUUGGAUACGACCCAUCGAAUCCAAUGAUGAAUUUGGCCAGUGGUGGAAUGCCAAUCAACCAAGUUGGAUACAACCCACAAGCACAUCACAUGCAUCUGAGGCAUCAACCACAAUCGGUAGGACAACCAUUACUACAGCCACCACCACCAAACAUGUUUGUAAAUCCCAACUUUGGUAUGCUUGCCAAUCAAAACGAUCCAUCCAAUCUUGGCUAUGGACAACCAACAAUGUUACAACCAACAUAUAAUAACAAUAAUAACAGUAACAAUAAUGGAAUAGAUUUAGAUAUGAUGAUGAAUACAAAUGGCAAUGGUUUAGAUGGUAAUUUAGAUCAGAUGAUGUUGAGUGGUAAUGUCAGUGGUGGUGGUGGUGGAAUGAAUGAUUUCGAUAUGAUGAUGAAUAACAAUAACAACGAAGAACAUCACUAUCAUCUUCGUUCACAGAAUCCAUCCACCGGUGGUGAAAAGCAUAAUAAACGAGAUAAACAUCAACAUCAACAAGUAAAGACAUCAAGUAGUUGUCCAGAGCCAACUGCUACCGUUUUAAUUAUCACAAAUAUUCCGGGACCACAAAACAACGAAGAGGUGAUUCGCGAACACUUUUCAAAGUUUGGUGAGAUUGUCAAGAUUGAAAAGUUGAAUGCUGGCCAGUCGUCGGUGGAGUUCUCAAACAACGCUGAAGCGCAGAAAGCAAUGAAGUCACCAGAGGCCAUCAUGAACAACCGGUUCAUCAAGUUGUUCUGGCAGCAGUCGUUCAACGGUAAAAUGACCAAGUUUGAAGAGAAUCAAGAGAAGCAGGCCAAGCGUGAAGAAGAGGAGAAGAAACGUGAACAACAACUACUCAAGAUCAAGGAGCAAUUGCUACUGAAGAAACUCGAGGACAAGAAGAAGGAGGAAAAGAAGAAGCUGGCCAAAAGCAGAGAAGAACUACGUGCACAACAAAUGGAACUACAGAAACAAAUGCUAUUAAAGUUGGAAUCGACCACCGAUGACAAGGAGCGCGAAGAGAUUAAAGAUACCAUCAACAAACUCGCUAAAUCAAUACAAGAGAGUAUCAAUCAAGAUACAAUUGCAUUGGAACAGAAACAAAAGGAGAAAGAGAAGGAGAAAGAGAAACAACAACAGGAUCAAUCAAUGACAUCUACAACCAACAAUGAAACAACAACAAAUAACUCAACACCGACAACAACAACAACAUCAGAUACAUCAACUUCAGCUUCUUCAAAUCUAGAAUAUUUAACAGCAACUCUCAAGAGUUUGGAAUCAGAAGCUAAAAGCCUGGGAAUCGAAGUACCAGCGAAUCUAUUAAACAAUAACAAUACUAUAGUAUCACCAGUUUCCACAAUCACUACAACAACGAGUAACAAUUCACCGAAACCAACAUCACCCAUCAACAAAUCAAUUAUUAAACCCAGUCCGAAUACAUUGUACAAGAAACCACCAGCUUCAUUCAAUUUGAACAAACCGACAUUACCAUAUCCAAAACAAGCAGCGACAGCACUCAAACAUAAGAAUGCAUCUAUGGUCAUCGACAAUCGUACAACCACCAUUCUGAUAUCGGAUCCACCAGAGAAAUUCAAAAAAGAAGAUCUACUUCGAUCACUGUUCCCCGAUAUUCAAUCAGUGAAGCACACCGACGAUGGUGUUGAAAUUAAAUUCCAAAAACGUGCAUCUGCUGAAAGAGUAUUCUUGGUUGCCAAGUCAUAUAAAGGUUCAGAAUUGAAGAUCAGUUGGGUCGAACCAAAUCAAGAAAAGAAAGAGACUACCGACAGUGCUAUGGAUGAGAACAAUGAUAGUUCUGAUGAUGACGAUGAUCAAUACGAUGACGAAGAGGAUGACCACACUGAAAAAUCUUGGAAACACUGA